AUGUCUUUCCUCAUCCGUCAAUUUCAACCGCUAAGAAGUGCAAGAAUUGGUAUCACACCUUAUCUUACAUCUCCUAUACGCAACUUUUCAAUUUCCAGACCUAUAAUGUUUCAAGUCGGUGACAGCAUCAAGACUGGCCUUCCAGGCAUUUUUGAAAACUCUCCAGGUAACUACGUUGACAUCGGCAAAGAAGUCGCUAAGGGCAAGUACGUCAUUGUCGGUUUGCCAGCUGCUUUUUCUCCAGCUUGCACCUCCUCUCACGUGCCAGGUUACGCUGAACAUUUGAAAGACUUGGAAGCCAAGGGAGUCAAGGGGGUGUUCAUCGUCCCAGUCAACGACCCAUUUGUCACCAAGGCUUGGGCCGACUCCUUGAACGUUCCAAAGGGCAUCAGAAUCUUGGCUGACACCCGUGGUGCCUUCGCCGAGUCCGGUGGUGCUUUGUUUGACUCCGAAGAAGUCUUCGGUAACAAGCGUUCUGGUCGUUACGCCAUUAUCGUCGACGACGGUGUUGUCAGCAAGGUCUUCGAGGAACCAGACAAGACUGGCCUAAAGGUUUCCUCUGCUGAAAACGUCUUGAAGGCUUUGUAA